GACACACAACUUCUUUGCAAUUUCUUUCUUCUCUUUUUCUAUUAGUAUAAUAAUGAAUAGAUGAUAACAGAAAGAAAAAGAAGAAGAAUUCAAGAACAUGGCCGGAGGAUUCAAUUCCUUGAUAUGUCUUCAGGUUACAGUCUUUAUAAUGAUUAUAAUCCGAGCUGGGUCUUUAAACUCGGCAUCUACAGUCUGUCAACUCAGUUUCGUUGAUGGGCAUAGCCUUUAUAACUUCAGUUUGGUAUCUCCUCUUCCAAAAUUCCCUCAUGGUGUUCUUAGCGAAGAUGGGUUUUAUAAGGUCGCAGCGAAUGAGUCUGUGCUUUGGUUUCAGUUAUGCGAUGGAAUGAUUUUUAAUCACGAUCCACCUAGAUGUGUCGACUGCCUGGAUUGUGGGGGACCAUCACGCUGUGGCAUGGAAUGUAGCGCACUCGUGGCAAACAACAGAGAAGGUUAUGAUAUAUGCACUACUGUUGGGCGUGUCUCAAACAUAGUCACUAGCAUCAUGGAUGAGCAGAACCCUCUUAAGGGUGUCAUUGUCAAGAUGUCAAGUACUGUUAAGACAUCUAGCGGAUCUGAGCAUAAUUGUUCACUCUCUGUCUCUGUAAUUUGCAAUUCAAAUGGUGCUCAAGGGCCACACUCACUGGAGAAAACGGGGACCUGUGAUUAUGCUGCUGCACUACAACAUCCUUCAGGUUGUGCCACAAUUGUGUCUGUUCAUGGGCAAGGAUGGGGCUGGUUCAGCACAUUGUUAAUCAUUAUCUUGUGCCUUUUUGGAGGAUAUAUCUUAGUGGGUGCGGUUUAUCGAUAUUUCUUCCUUGGAAUUCAUGGAUUAGAUAUGAUUCCGAACUUGGAUUUUUGGGCCAGAUUGCCUCACAGAACACAGAGUUCUUUUGCAUCUUUGGUGCGGAGAUUCAGAGGACGUACAGAAGGUUAUCGAAGCUCCUAUUCUGCGGUCAAUUUUUAAACAAUUACAAUUCAGCUCCAGAUUUUGUUAUGAAUCAGUUUUGAUACAUCUGGACCACCAGGAAGUAAACUUCAAGUGCCAAUGGUUACUGAUAGUCUAGUGAGUCUAGUGACCCGUCUCACUGAGUUAGACUUCGGAAAUCUUCUACAGAAAUUCCCCCACUUUUUGUUGACAUACACCAUCAAUUCCCUUUCAUUUUAUCAUAUCACCCCCUUCACCUCUUUUCUAUUGCAACAUCCAUUUGAUUGUAACUCUAUCGACUCACUUUGAUAUUAUUGUUUCUUUAUUCUGUAUUGACAUUCUUUUAGCUGUUCUUUGGGCAAUUUUGAAUGUAUGUUAUUAGUUUUA